AUGCUUAUUGGCAACAUCUACGUGAUCGCCGGCGUCGCCGUGGUCGGCGGCGCCCUCUUCGGCUUCGAUAUCUCGUCCAUGUCGGCUCAGUUGAACGAGAACUCGUACAAAUGUUACUUCAACCAGGGUCCCGAGGGACCUCCUUUUAACGACAGUGACAACUGCUCUGGUCCAGAGUCCCUGGCCCAGGGAGGAAUCACAGCCGCCAUGGCCGCGGGCUCUUGGCUCGGUGCUCUCAUCUCCGGUUUCUUGUCCGAUCGCAUUGGUCGCAAGUCCUCCAUCAUGGUCGGUUGCGUCGUCUGGAUCAUUGGUUCAGCCAUCAUGUCCGCGUCGCAGAAUAUCGGCAUGUUAGUCGCAGCCCGUGUCAUCAAUGGUUUCGCGGUCGGUAUCGAGUCUGCCCAGGUGCCUGUCUACAUCAGUGAAAUGGCGCCGCCUUCCAAGCGAGGGCGACUCGUGGGUAUCCAGCAGUGGGCAAUCACGUGGGGUAUCCUUAUAAUGUUCUACAUCUCCUACGGCUGCUCGUAUAUCGGGGGGCGCUCCGCCUCGACUUACAACCCUGCCGCUUGGCGGAUCCCUUGGGCGCUCCAGAUGGUUCCGGCUAUCUUCCUGUUCUGCGGUAUGCUCUUCCUGCCGGAGUCCCCUCGAUGGCUGGCGCGCAAGGACCGCUGGGAAGAAUGCCAUCAGGUGUUGGCCCUGGUGCACGCUAAGGGCGAUAUGCACCAUCCGUUCAUUGCGCUUGAAUUGGAGGAUAUUCGACGAAUGUGUGAGCUGGAAAGUCGAUUCAAGAACGUCACCUACUUCGAUCUCUUCAAACCGGACAUGGUCAACCGCACCAUCAUCGGCCUGUUCACGCAGAUCUGGUCUCAGCUGACUGGAAUGAACGUCAUGAUGUAUUACAUCACGUACGUGUUCGCGAUGGCCGGUUACUCCGGCGACGCCAAUCUUCUCGCCUCCUCAAUCCAAUACAUUAUCAACGUGUUUAUGACUUUGCCGGCGCUGAUCUGGAUCGACAAAUGGGGCCGACGUCCGACGCUGCUCGUUGGUUCCGUUCUCAUGGCGACCUGGAUGUUUGCCAACGCGGGGAUCAUGGGCGCUCACGGCGAGGUCGUAGAGGGCGGCAUCGAUGGCGUUGCCCAGCAAUCCAUGCGCCUCUCCGGCGGUGCAGCCAAGGGCCUCAUCGCUUGCACCUACCUUUUCGUCGCCUCUUAUGCCCCGACCUGGGGCCCUGCCUCGUGGGUAUACCCUCCUGAGUUAUUCCCGCUGCGUCUGCGAGGAAAAGGCGUGGCGCUGGCGACGUCAGGCAAUUGGGCCUUCAACACCGCGCUGGGGCUGUUUACCCCGCCAGCGUUUGCCAACAUCCGGUGGCAGACAUAUAUUAUCUUCGGAGUGUUUAACGCCGCCAUGUUUAUUCACGUGUUCUUCCUUUUCCCGGAGACAGCGGGUAAGACGCUAGAAGAGACGGAGGCGAUGUUUGAGGAUCCGAACGGCAUCCCGUAUAUCGGCACGCCGGCGUGGAAGACCCGCAUCACCACACAUCGCGUACAGCAGCUGGAGAGGGGCGAAAUGGACGCAAAGGGACAGCCACAGGUGGAGACUUCGCCGCCUGCGACGGCCAGGGCGACCGAGCAGGAGGUGGUUCACGACGACAAGGCUGUCUAG